AUGUCGUUCCUAGAUGUGAUCAAAGGAAUGGAUGUCGUGCCUUAUCCUCAUGAGGAAGACUACGACAUCUUUCAGAAGUCCGUCUACGUGUUAUAUUCUCACGAUCGCCGCUUUCAGCUAGGAUAUCUGCUUCCUCUCGUUGUCACAGAACUAGAUCGUUCAGGCCUUGUAUUUGUGGACAAAGACAGCCGGAGCGUCCAGCUUGCUCCAGAACUGUCCACUGUGGAGCUCAGAUCCGACAAACUGAACCAAAUGGCCACGGAAUGGAAAAACGCCGGAUUGUUUUCCACCCUCGACGGCUGGAGAAACGAGUUGUACACCAUAUACUCCCCCGAGAAGGAGCCUUAUAUGUACCUGGAGCGCGCCCUAUGUCCUCUUCUCGGUGUGGUGAUGUACGGCGUUCACAUAAAUGGCUACGUACGCACCAAGGAAGGCUUGAAGCUCUGGAUUCCCAGAAGAUCAGCCACGAAACAAACGUUCCCAGGAAUGCUUGACAACACCGUAGCCGGUGGACUAGGCUACCCUCAUGGACUAAUGGAGACGUGCAUCAAAGAGUGCUAUGAAGAGGCAGGAUUGACGGAGGACAUCGUAAAGCAGAAUCUGCGCAACGUUGGCGUGAUGUCAUUCUUCUACCAGUCCAAAAAGGGUGAUUAUACUACAGAGGCUGGCUUGCUCCAGCCCGAGGUAGAAUAUCUCUACGACCUAGAAAUGAGUGGCAAGACACUGCCAAGUCCUGUGGAUGGUGAAGCUGAGGAUUUCCAGUUGCUGGGUAUUCCACAAAUAUGUGAUCUUGUUAAAUCUGGACAAUUUACGCCAACGUGUUCUGGUGUUAUUAUAGACUUCCUGAUGAGACAUGGGUAUCUUGUGCCGGAAAAUGAGCCCCAUUAUAUUGAGCUUGCUGCUAGACUGCAUAGGACUUUGCCUUUUCCUCUCCGCUAG